AUGGAGGAGUACUGGGACGGGCCCGAGGGCCAGGCCUGCCCGCGCCGCACCUGGCUCACCACGCGCCUGGGCGCCACGGCYGGUCUGGUGAUCUCUGCCUACCGCAUCAUCCUGCAGCGGCCCGGCUCGGCCCUCGCCGCCRCGCAGAUGGCGGCCGCCGACACCGUCACCCUGGCCACACUAGGAGCGGUGUUUGGCGUGACCACCUGCCUCAGUGCCCAAAUCCGCGAGAAACCAGAGGAUCCUUUGAAUUAUUUCAUAGGAGGCUGUGCCACAGGAGCCGUCUUAGGUGCACGAACCCACAGUUACAUGACUGGUACCACUGCAUGUUUGGGUUUUGGAAUUACUGCUGCUUUAAUGAAGAUAGGUAAAAAAGAGGGCUGGAGGCUGACAGGACCUCCCAAGCUGUAGCCUCCAAGUUAUCCUUUAAAUGUGUAAUAAGAUAUUGUAUAAUAAUAAAUAUG